CCAAAGUGACGUCAUAAAAGUGUUACAGGGAUUUCUUGUUCAAAAGUCGAUCUAUAAUCCUAAAUAUCAUAAAUAUGGAUCUAAAGAUUCUUCAAUUAAAAGCAUUAAAAAAAUAAAUAGAUCUAGAUCUAUUAAUUCGAUGGAGAUAUGAAUAACUAUUCAGUUUACACCGGAAUAAUUGUAAUUUCUGCAGGUACUUUAGUGGCAGUAGGAGUUGGAGUAGCUCUGUGGAAAUUGUUCAAGCGAAAUAGUUUUGAUGACGAAGCAUCUCAGUUAUGUCGAUUGGUUUCUCCACGCAGGAGCAAAGAUGAUGACAGACGCCUUCUAAUCAAACGCAGACGAGAAUAUCGACUGAGAAAUCCUAAAACUGACAGUGCUUAUCAUGAACGACUAUUCAAACGACAGAACACCAUGUGAGACUGUUAGUUGUACAGUCUCCUCUCAUCUAUUUCUUUUGCUUUAAGUGUUUGAAUUAUUUAUGACUCUGAUUUUACAUGAACUCAAUGACAUGCUCAUCAUAAACUAUCUCUACGGUCAACUGGUUUUGGAUGACCAAGACAGUAUAUUCAGAACAUUACUUACAAUUUAAUGCAUCAUCAAGAACUUCAUUUACUGAGGUAAGCCCCAAAAGAAAUGACUCAAGUAGAUCACUAAAAGGUCGUAUUAGUAGUACUACUGUUGAUACUGCCUAUCCAACUAAAAAAGAUGAAUUCAACAGACCUGUUUAUACAAGCAUAAGUAACUCUACUGUUACUUCAUAUACACAAAACAAUUAUGAUGAAGGCAGAUGGGAAAAGUUGUGUUGUUUUAAAUUUUGUAGACAAAAAAAAUCUCCAGAAGAACUUCAUAAGAUAUUGCAUGCCGGGGUUCGGCGCAUGUCUGAGACUUCAACCCCUUUAAAUUCUUAUUACCAACAACAAAAGAAAAACGAAUGUUCAUACUAUGAAUCGGGAUAUUUAUCAAAGUCAACUUUUACUGGUGAACUGAAAUCUAUGAGGGAUCUACGCAAGGCUAGCCAUGUUACUGCAAAUUUACCUGAGCCUGAAGUAGCCAUCAGUAAUUCAAACUCCAGAAGGUUGCUGGCAAAGGGCUCAAAACAAGUCUUUGUUGGGGAAACUGAUGUCCAUGAAAUCAAUUUGAUGUUACAAUCUCGCCUGAAUGGAGGAUUAUCCAUUGAUACUUUGGAAGCAGAUCAAAAAGGGGAAGCCCUUUUGAAGUGUAACCGCACGGGCAAGGAUUAUACUUCUUUAAUUUUGUCCCAGCUAGUCAACGAGGCAGACACUCGUAGAAUGUCUGUUCAGUCAGACCGCAGGAGCUCUAAUUUUAGAAGCUCUUUCUCGAAGGUAGGAUUGGAUUUGAAAUUAGAAAAAAUGGCGAUGAAGAAAGGUCUCAAGCCAGAAGAAUUGAGUGAUAGUGAAUUUCUGAACAGAUUAACAGAUGUGUCAACAAUAGUUAAAACUGAGUUAGAGAAAGAUUGGAACUUCACUCAGAACUACAUUAAGACAUUAGAAAAGUUUGUCAAGUUGCAGACGUCUCAAAAGAAGAUAUUUGACAUGGGCACUGAGCGAUGGAUGGUCAUCUUAUACACAACCAGUGAACAAUUAGAUGGUUUGACCAACUUUAGAUGUUUACUGACACGUCUGAUACUACAACAGCAUCAUGUAGCCUACGAGGAGCGUGACAUAGCACUGGCCAACAUGCCUUAUAAAGAGGAGCUCAAAAAGAGACUUGACACGAAUGGUAUCACUGUUCCUUAUGUCUUUGCUUAUGGCGUGACAAUAGGGAACUGCCAGGUGAUUUAUGCUCUCCACAAGUUGAAAAUGAUGGAUUCACUCUUCAAGAACUUUAUUAUGCCUCCUAACAAAUACAAUGAAUGGUUAAACAGCAGGCAUCUAGGAAAAGGUUCAGGGCUUAAGAUUGAUGUCAAAGUCAGUUCCUUUCCUGCACUGAAUUUACUAGCUGGUCUGCAGUCUGAAAUCAAACUCUCUAGUGUUGAUGCCGAGAAGACCAAAGUGGGCAAAGAGAUUGUCAGAAGAGCAAGGACACGAUGGAUUGAGAUUUCAAAAAUAGGCUUUAAACAGCCGGAUCUUCUCAGAUUUGUACUCUUAAAGAGAACUAUCAUCUUAGCACUGACUAUGAUGAAUGACAUUUAUCAAACAUAUUUGACAAAAAGAAAUAUUGGUCAACACAUGGCAAAGAAAAGGAGAUUUUCAUGGAUGAAGUAACAUUUUUUUUUAGACCUAAACAAUUUUGUGCUUACAAUAUGCUGACAAGGAUUGAAAGGUCAAAAUCAUUUUUUUUAAGUGAAAAGUUUAUUUGUGUAUAUUUGAAUAGUACAAGUAUUGGUCAGUUAUUAUACUUUAAGUGAAUGUCUUAUACCAUGUGAAUGUUGAGAAAAUAUUUGAUAAUUUUGUUGUGGAGCCUAUUGUCAGUUUGAGAAAGUCAGAUCUCACUUGACACUAAGACUGAAACUAUGUUUGAGCUAUAUGUACAAACAAUAAUUGUAUGACAUUUUGUUUUAAUGACAUCUAUUUAUUGAGCAAUGCUGAAUGAUCAAAUGAAUGUACGUUUUAGUCAACAAUGAGUUUCAUUUGUUCUAUUCAUAAACAUAUUUCCUAAUUCA